AUGCGUUUGAGAUCUAUUCUUGCUGCCGGCGUGGCGGUUGCGCCCUCGGCCUACGCCAUCAUGCUUCGAUUCUUUUGCUCGCAGCUCGUCGUGGACCGUCUCGACCCUCUUGUCAACCCGGGAGCUCUGCCAUCCCCACAUCUCCACCAGAUCGUCGGUGGAAACGCGUUCAACGCUUCCAUGAACCCAGCACUGCACGACGUAGCAGCUACAGCGACUUGCACCUCCUGCACCGUCCCCCAGGAUAAAUCAAACUACUGGACCGCUGUGAUGUUCUUCAGAGCACGAAACGGGACCUUCUACCGCCUCCCCACCAUGGGCAACCCCCUCGGCUUCACCAACGCCAACGGUGGCAUGACAGUGUACUACCUCACCAACGGCAAAGCAACCUCUUUCAAGCCAGGUUUCCGCAUGACGGUCGGCGAUCCAAAUUUCCGCACGGCAGAGCAGAUCAAGAAGUAUCCCAGCCUGAUCUACACAUGCCUGCAGACAGCAUACACCCGCGGCGCCGACACCACCGGAUUCCCAACCGGCACGUGCGCGGCGGGCAUCAUGGUCAGCCUGCGUUUCCCGACCUGCUGGGACGGCAAGAACCUUGACUCGGCGGACCAUCAAUCUCACACGGCCUAUCCCGUCAACAACCAGUGCCCCUCUACGCACCCCGUCGCCAUCCCGCAGGUGUUCUACGAGGCCAUCUGGGACACGAGGAAGUUCAACGACAAGUCCCUGUGGCCGACGGACGGGUCCCAGCCGUUCGUCUGGUCAUUUGGUGACAAGACGGGCUACGGCAGCCACGGGGACUACGUGUUUGGCUGGGAGGGCAACGCAUUGCAGAGCGCGCUGGACUCGAGCAAUUGCAACAGCGAUCUUCUGGGGAAUAGCCUGAAUUGUUCGCCGCUCAAGAGCCAGUCUGUUCAGCAGAGCAACCAGUGUACCGUCAAGAGGUCGGUCAAUGAGAACCUGGAUGGCUGGUUGGACCAGCUCCCUGGUGGUAUGCCAGUAGCAUAA